ACGGGUUUGGGGGAGUAACUUGGGAGUGGCUGAGGAAACCCUGCACCUUGUAAGGACCAUAUGCAAUGUUGUUGCAACAAUCAAUUAUAGAUCCAGUUAGCCUCAGUUUACUAUCCCCUCCAGGUAAACUAACACAGGUACUAGAUAAGUAAGUGUUCCCUGUACGUACCCACAACAUCCAAAUCUUUUAGCUACAGUAGCUUGGCUACAAGAAGUUCUUCAGUAGAUCUAUGUGGUGUGCAACUUGGGAGGGCCUGCCUAAUUAGCGGACAUCUGUCCUUUGCAGCUGUGUAAAAACAAUUGCAACGCAUUUUCUUUUACGCGGCUGGUUGGAACUCAAUAAGCCCCAUAACUGUUACAGUCCAAGUUCUAACUUAGUAGUCUGCAGUCAAUCAGAACUCAGAUGCAUUUUCAGAAGCAAAAUGAUAACAGUAUCCAAACCGGAAACAGACUGUGUAGUGCAGGUGACGUAACAAGUUUAUAGCAGUCACCAGAGAUUCCAUUUGGAGGUCCCACGCAUUGCCUAUAAAAAACCCAGCAAUUUCUAUCUAUUUUCCAAUGGCAACACAAUCAGGAAGACAUAUAAGAAGUAUAGAAAAGUCAAUUGUGCUUUCCGUGAGAGAUUUCUUUGUGAAAGAAAAGGAGGAUGGCCCCAUCCUUCUGGACAAACCGAUCCAGAGAGUAGCAGAAGCAACAGGGAUGCACCAGAGAACAAUCUACAGAAUCUGCAGAGAACAUAGAGAUAAGGAACAUAUUGAAAGUCCAAGGAAGAGAGGGAGAAAAGAACACAGUGGACCAGUUAGAGAGUACACAGACAAUUUUCAAGAGGCUGUAAUCAGGAGAAGAAUUCAUAAAUUCUACACUGACAAAGUCUUCCCCACAUUAACACUACUCCAUGCUGCUCUAGUAGAAGAAGAGGAGUUUCCAUAUUCAAGGGCAAGUUUGCAUAGGAUCAUUAGCAGAAUGGGCUUUCGACAUAAAACUAUGAACAGAAAAAAAUGUUUAUACGAACAGCACCGCAUUGUGGCCUCACGAGCCCAAUACCUGAAAGAAAUCAAACGAUUUCGAUCAGAAGGUAGGCCUAUUAUCUACCUUGAUGAAACAUGGCUAAAUCAGCACCAUACAGUGACAAAAUGCUGGACAGACUAUGACGGGAAAGGUGGCCUCAAGAUUCCUAGUGGUAAAGGAAAACGACUCAUAAUCCUUCAUGCAGGUUGUGAGCAAGGGUGGAUUGAUGGAGCUGAACUGAUUUUUGUUGGCAAAAGAGACUCAGGCGAUUAUCACAACGAAAUGAAUAUUUUACAUUUCAUGGAGUGGUUUAGAGAGAAGCUGUUACCAAACUGUCCACCUCGAUCUGUGAUUGUGUUGGAUAAUGCCAAGUACCACAACGCAGUUGUUGAAAAAAUACCAACCAAGUCAAGCAGAAAACAGGAUAUGUUAGACUGGCUUGCAAAGCAUAAAAUUCGUCAUGAAAAGAAGAUGUUAAAAGCUGAACUAUAUUUCUUAAUUUGGGCAACCAAUCCUGUUUCUGUAUACCAAACAGACGUCUUUGCACAAGAAAAGGGACACUGCUGUUUGCGUCUCCCUGUUGGUCACUGUGAACUAAAUCCUAUAGAGCUCGCAUGGGCACAAGUCAAAGGUUAUGCAGCUAGAAAGAAUACAGGGAUCAGUGGUUUUACUAUGGAGAACAUCUUGCAACUUGCCAGAGAAGGAAUGCUGGAAGUCACACCAGAUCGAUGGGCUGGCUGUGUGGAACAUGUACGAGAAAAGGUGGAGAAACACUAUUGGGAAGUAGACGGACUGAGGGACGACCUAGUUGAGCGAAUGGUAAUAGAAGUAGGCCAUGGCGACACCUCGAGCUCUGAGUCUGAAGUAACUGUUAGCGAUACAGAAAGUGACUAACUGUUGACCUUUGGUAUUGUACAGGGUGUAGCAACAGCAGGUAGCUAAUUUAUAUGUCCAUUAGAGUAUCAACUUCAGUCUCAAUUACAGUCUUUAUCUUAAAGAGUUGAAACUAAUUUGGCAAGCUAUGCAUUUAGAGAACGUUGAUUGACAUAACUCCACCCUCUAUCUCAUUAUAUUUCUAAAGUGUGCUGUAUCUCCUCUCUAAUACACCCUAUCAACAACACGUUGCCAUAAUUGAAUAAAGGGAAUCAAGAGCUAUGCAAUGAUGCCCGUAUCAAUCCCGUAUCUUCCAAAGUGGCCCCUCAGCUGCCCAUUUUCGGUUGUGACUUUAAUGCUGGGACAGAC